AGAAACUUUCUGGAUGAGAAGUGAAACAUCAUCUGACUCCCAGGCUAAAAUUCGGAAUAUUCCACAGGACAUUUAUUUUUCCUGCUUUACCAGAGACAUCAAGAUGAUUUAUUUAUUUGAUCGACUCCCAACUCUUUAAGAAUUUGUCUCGACUUAUUGAAUUGGCUUGAACUAGGACCCAGUAUAUCCAGAUCCUAUUGCAUUUUUGUGAUGCCAUGUACAUAGACAUGCUGGAUAAUGCUCUAAGACAAAAUAUAUGCAAAAACCUGGUUACAUAACUAAUGUCUGAUGAAUUUUUUUUUAGUCGUUCUGUGUUCUUGUUUAAAUAGUCUUUCAACCCCAAUCACCUACAGCUGAAUCCUAUCUCCUUAAAGUAAAUUGAGCUAUAAGGUGUUAGGUGUUCAACAGUUUCACAAUUAGACAUCAAGGCACAGCUGCUGCACUUCUGAUCCAGUGGCAUGGCUAUUCUCUUUUGUCUUCUAACUGCGAUGCUAAAAGGCCACCGAGGUGGAUGGUAUCUUUUCUUCCUGGCUGCUGUCAUUCCAGGUGUCCACUCUCAGAGCACUAAUGGCUCCAUCCAGCCUGCUUUGGAGUCUGAGCUUCACUCCAAGGGUCAGAUCUACCGGCCGGUCCUGCAGCCAUCUGAGGCCACUCCUCAAACAGGAAACUAUGUGAAGAAAGACGGAGGGAAACCCUGCAUCAGAAUUACCAUGGGAGCAGAGUUCUUGGUCACUGAAAACAAGAAAACCUGGUAUUUUGACCUGGACCCAUCCAGAGUUAGGGUCAGUGGUUACUGUGGCAAAGAAGAGGCUCUUCUCUCUCUCACACUGCCAGACAAUGGUGCCAGCCUGCAGUUCAAAUUCAAAAAGGAGAAGACUGUUUUCUACGUCAUCGAGAUGAAUGCACAUUUGUCUCCCAUGCCUGUCUGCAAAGACUGUUCCAACAAGACUUACAAAGGUGUGUUGGCCCAUGAAAAGCUGUUCAAAACUGCUAACGGUCAAAGCUUCAUGUGCAAGUCUGAGAAUCUGCUUUUGAUGUCGUCUGAGCUGAAGAUCAAGCUGGUUCCUGUGCAGAUGCAGGCCUUCAACCUGUCUCAAGGACAGUAUGGAAAAGAAGUGGAGUGCUGGGCUGACUAUAACAAGAGAAUCAUUCCCAUCAUCAUCGGGGCAGCCGUCGUGUGUCUCAUUCUUGUCAGUUUGAUGAGCUUCCUUGUGGUCAGAGAUCGCCGCAGAGAUGGAUACGAACGGAUUUGAAUGGCGAAGAGUUCACUGUGAAACUGGACUGGGGGUGGUGGUGGGGGUGCUAUUGGCUUGUUCAUACACUUGCUCUUUCACUUGUUCUUUUCCUAAACCUUCAUUUGGCUUGUCACAUUCUUCUGUUAACAGCAAAGACGGUUUGUCUGGUAUUUACAAUUUGAAUAAAUAAAACUUUUUUUUA